ACCCAUAGGGCAAUCAAGGUCAGCUGGUUUCCUAUAAAUAAUGCCUGUAAUUCCUGUCGUUACAAACAGACGCGCGCCACACACAGGAGAAAGAACAAAGGGCCUCAUCAUAYAGAGAAAUGAUUGAGUUUUUAGUCCACAAUAAUGUCAAUGGUAUUUGCAUCACUAAAUACGACUGCUCAGCUCCUGACCAAGAAUGUUGCAUGAAUCAAUGUGUUGGUGAUAACAACUGCUUUGGCAUGAAAUGCUCACUCGAUUCACAAUGCGGUUAUUCUGAAACCUGUUGCCGAGGCUCAUGCACAGGGCACUGCGACAUUCCAUUGCCUUUGAUUCUAGGCUGCGUGAUUACGGCUAUAUUUCUAAUUUCUUUGAUCGUUGGGGCUGUUUGGCUAUACAGAAGACGAACGAGAAGUCAUCAGCUCCAACGCAGACCCCUUGUGCCGUACAGCGGUAAUUCACGUGCUGCUACGGCAAACCCACGCCACUUUUACUACGGUGGGACUCAACAGCCUCAUCUUCUCCCUUGCACGCCUUCCACCACUUACCACCAAGGGAACCCACAAUCUAUUGAUUCCCAAUUUGGCCCAGCUUCCACAACAUACUUAGUGCCUGAUGAGUCACGCCAUCCAAGUCAAGAAUGUCACACCGUACCUUUGAGAGGUGCUAUUGCCAUGGCAACUGAGCAGCCUCCACCUUACGCAUCAUAUGAGCAAGUAACAGAAGACAAUAAAGAGCAAACAAAAUAGUCAAACAUAGAAAAGACUGCGCCUCCUGCUCCGUUUCUUGCUGACUGAUUGGUUUGGCUUGGAGUGAAUCAUGUAAGACCUAGCAUAUUGCCAUGCGUUAUAACUUGAAUGGUUCUAAGAACGAUGCAUGAUAUCAUAGUCCAUAUUACAAUUAAAGUAUUAUUGCCAUA